GGGCUGCAGAGCGUAGGAACCGAGCCGCCGAGGUUCGUGACGAAGGGACAGGAGUAUCAGGCUGUCAUGGGAGAGACAAUAGUGUUACCUUGCUCCGUAGAUCACCUUGGUUCCCAUGUGUUGUUAUGGCGACGGGAUAACCUGAUACUGACCGCUGCCAAGUUGAUGGUUAUCCGGGACUCUCGGUUCUCGCUGGAGCACGACUACGACCUCAGGAUAGCCAACAUCACAACGCGAGAUGCAGGAGAGUACGUGUGUCAGAUUGCCGACAUCUCCACACAGGACCAGGUCCACAAGGUCACGGUCUUAGCACCACCUGUGAUCCGUUCUUCCGUUGCCAGUGGACAGCUGACUGCAAGGAAAGGAGGUUCUGUCACACUUACGUGUGCUGCUACAGGCAAUCCAGAUCCUACCAUCCUCUGGUCGAAAAAGGACAGCGGACAUCUCUACAAGCCCGGUCUGUCAGUGACGCUGGACCGAGUGGACCGGCACCACGCGGGCAUCUACCAGUGUACGGCCACCAACGGUGUUGGACCUCCAGCAUCCGUCGAGAUCAAACUGGAUGUUCUGCAUCCGCCUGAGAUAGAAGUCGACCAAGGAUGGGUGAACGCAGCUGAAGGCAGCCAAGGGAAGCUGAUCUGUACAGUAUAUGGCAACCCUACCCCUAAUAUGAUCUGGUACCACGAGGGUGCAAUGGUGGUAGCCACCAAACGAUAUUCCACCGACACCAUCGGGAACCGCCACAUACUCACCAUUCAGCCCGUCCACCGCUCCGACUUCGGCAACUUCAGCUGCGUUGCCGAGAACCCUUUGGGGCGUUCGAAGCACACCAUUCAGUUCACAGGCAAGCCUGGAAAGCUGAGGAUCAUCAGUUCCCCGUACAGUUCGUCCACCCAAAGCUACAACCUGGUCUGGCAGGUGGACAGUGCCUCCCCUCUCGAGGAGUGCAGAGUCACCUACAGGAAGAUCAUGAUCAAUGAUUCUCACCAGCAAGUUGGUGCAUGGCUGGAGACCACCUUCAAGCCUCCAACCUCGGCGGGCCGCUCCUCCCUCAGCUUCUUGAUCUCGGGCCUGGACUCUUCCUCCGUGUUCCAGGCGAAGGUCCAGGUCCGUAACCGCUACGGCUGGAGUGACCUAUCCGAUCCACAUCAGUUCUACACCCGCGGGGCCGACCAUGAGCUCUUCGAGAACAACGUUGAACAUUUGUCUUCCAAAUGUGGAGAUCUAGGAAGCAGUUUCCACUUGGUCCUGGCCAUCGGUCUCCUUAGAAUUCUGUAACAGACAGGAUCCAUCAGGCUUCCUGCGGACGAGUGAUUCGAAAGGCAGGAUGCUCAUUUUAAAUUCAAAUGGAAGCAGUUUAAGAUUUGCGAUCAUUUUCCAGUCCACUUUUCAAGUGAUGGAUUUUGAGAAAAGAGAAGCGUUAGUGUAUAUAGUAAAAUGUCUUCUAUAGGACAUGAGUAACUAUACAUCGUGGAAAUGCACUUUCCCCUUCUUAUUAAAUUUGUAAACAAUAACAAGUUUUCAGGUUUUAUAAAAAACUUAUUUUUUUCAUUUGGUACUAGUACAAUUUGUUACUUUUUUCAAAGCUAAGCAUAGUACAAGUGGACAAUUCACCCUCCAAAAUAUUGAUGGUGUUUAUUAUUACAACAAAAUUCAAUCAUUCUCUCUUUUUAAUAAAAUCAACAUCAUUAUUUUAAAAGUGGC